AUGGAGAGCUUUUCCAGCGAGCCUCGGAUCCUGGACCGGGAUCCGCAGCUCAGCCUCAGCCUGCGCGUCCUGGCCGGCUGCGUCCUGUGCGUCCUGAUCGUGUCCACGCUGCUGGGCAACACGCUGGUCUGCGCCGCCGUCGUCAAGUUCCGCCACCUGCGCUCCAAAGUCACCAACUCGUUCGUCAUCUCUCUGGCCGUGUCCGACCUGUUCGUGGCCGUGCUGGUGAUGCCGUGGCGGGCCGUGUCCGAGGUGGCCGGCGUCUGGCUCUUCGGCCGCUUCUGCGACACGUGGGUGGCCUUCGACAUCAUGUGCUCCACGGCGUCCAUCCUCAACCUGUGCGUCAUCAGCAUGGACCGCUACUGGGCCAUCUCCAGCCCCUUCAAGUACGAGCGCAGGAUGACGCGCAGGUAG